CUCUCCACCAUGCUCAUCGACAAGCUAGGCAACUACUUCUUAUCUUUUCUUUCAAUCGUUUCGCCUCUGAAAUGGGCAUGGAACUUCUUGCUUCUUCACACCUUGUUCCCUUAUGACAUGCCAGGAAUUGGCGAAGAUCUUAAGCUAGGGAGGUGCAACUACCACAAGCAAGAGUCGGAUGAGGAAGUGGUUGAAUGUGCUAUUUGUCUAUGCAAUAUUGAUGACGAUGAAGAGAUUAGAGAGUUGAGAUGCGACCAUCUUUUCCAUAAAGUUUGCUUGGAUAGAUGGAUUGGAUACCGGAAUUCAACUUGUCCCAUUUGUCGCAGUUGUAUGACUCCUCGGAGGCUGGUUGCCGGCAUGGAAGUGAUGCUUUUCAAUUAUGUUUCUUUUGAUGAUUACCGCCGCCGUGAUACCUGGUGGCUUCGUUGAAUAGGAGUUUAGUCGGGGAGGAGGCUUGAACUUAAACUUUUGACUUACAAGUAUCAAGCACACCUGCUAAGUUAUGUGACAGAUAAUACUUCUCCUACUCCAUAAUCCA